AGAGAGAAAGAAAAGAUAUGUAGCACAAUUGCUUUUCUUUUCCUUCACUUUUUUUCCCUUUCAACAUGAAUUACGAAACUUUGGAUAUUAUUCAAAAAAACCUGAUCCAUUUGAUUGAAAAAUGGAAACCUUCAAGACAGUCGAAUACACAAUGGGCUGCCACGCUGGGACUGUCAGGAAUUGCAACAUAUUUUUUAUGCAAGACGGUUAUCUACCGACUCUAUAUCCAUCCCCUUAAUAGAAUCCCAGGUCCCCGUGUUGGAUGGAUACCAUUCAUGGGUAACUUUUUCGAUAUUAUGAAAACCGAUAUUGAUCAAUCUCCUUUCAUACGUUGGAAAGAACAGUACGGCGGUAUAUAUACUAUACAUUUUGCAUGGAACGAGCCUCGUUUGAUUGUGUCUGAUGAAAAAUUACUCAAGGAAAUCUUGACAACGCAACAAUAUGAUUUUGAAAAGCCUCCUUUUGUUUCCAAAGCUCUGCGUCGCUUUGCAGGUAACGGAGUGUUGGUCGCUGAGGGAGAUGUCCAUCGCACCCAACGAAAGAUGUUGAAUCCUGCAUUUUCCGUACACGCUAUUCGUUUUAUGGUUCCUCUCAUGGCUACUCCAGCUUAUAAGCUCCGUGAUCAAUGGCUCAAAAAGAUGACUGAGAACAACUCAGAGUAUACUGAAAUUGAAGUCUCCCUUGGGCUUUCGCUUGCCACUUUGGAUGUGAUUGGCCUCACUGCUUUUGGACAAGACUUCAAAUCGGUUGAGAAUUACGGCACAGAAAGGCUGCACAAGAUUAGCAAAGCGUAUCUAAGCAUAUUCAAUGAUGGCUUUUCCUGGUCACAUAUCUUACAGUUUCCUUUUCCUUUUAUAAACUAUUUACCAACGAGGCGAUUAUUCAACACGGUUAGGAGCUUAAGAUGGCUGCAUGAAGAAGCUGAGGCUCUUGUAGAAGCAGGCAUCGAAAGAGCAAAGAAGGAAAAGGCAUCUCGCACAAGCGAUGGUCCCAAAGAUUUACUAGCAUUGAUGGUGGACUUGAUUGACGAAGGAACUGGACAAGGAUUUACAAAAGAAGGACUAAGAGAACAGUGUUUAACCUUUUUAGCUGCUGGACAUGAAACAACAAGUAACACAUUAAGCUGGUGCCUUUGGCUACUUGCACAACAUCAAGACGUUCAAGAUAGAUUAAGAGAAGAAGUGCGUGUGCUCUUCCAAGAUGCAAACUCAUUUGACUAUGAAAAUCUCAACUCUAUCUCAUACCUUGACUAUGUGUGCCGUGAAACACUUCGUUAUAUUCCUACUGUUCCCCGUACAAGUCGUGUCAAUCGUGUACCUGUUACUCUUGGUCACUAUACUAUACCAAAAGGCACAGUCCUCCAUAUAACGCCUAUUUAUACGCACCGAUCUAAGGAAAUUUGGGGUGAAGAUGCUGACAAAUUCAACCCUUUACGAUGGGAA